AUGUUCGCAAAUGAAAUCAUACAUAAAGCUAGAACCUGUCCGCCAGUACUUAUUCUUGGUGAUACGACGUUGAGAUAUGUUGAUAAACAUACUCAUUUGGGGCUGGUUUUAACUCUAAAUUUGGAUUGGAUUUCACAUGUAGAUAACGUUUAUUCAAAAUGUUCCAGUAUGGUUGGAGCAUUAAAAUUGUUAUCUCGCUGUUUGGUACACGAUAAUAAUUUAAUCGACAGUAUAUGUAGACGAUAUGACAUACAUACGCUUGUUCAAACCGACAUAAUAACAACCGAACAACGAACAAAAUUAGAUGUAUUUGAAGAUAGUCUGUUUCUAGUCAUGAAAAUGAUUUAUCAUGAUAAUGCGAUUAAUGCUACUAUAAUUGAACAAGUUAGCUUUUAUUUAAAAGAAAAUAUUAUCAUCAUGUUUCAAGAAAAAUCUAAAGACAUUUUUGACACAAUAAAAAAUCGUAUUCGUCAAAAUAAAGGUCGAAUUCGCAAGUCAAAAAUUGAUUAUUUAUUUUAUAGUUUAGUUGAUAUAAUUGUCGAUCAUUACAUGGAUGUGUUGGACAUUAUCGGAAUUAAAGUUGAAGGAAUUGAUAAUCAAUUAAUGAAAACGUUAAAACGUGAUACAUUAGAAUCGAUUUAUGAUGUUAAACGAGAAAUGUUAUAUUUGAGAAGAUCAAUUUCACCAUUGAAAGAAAUCGUUAUCAAAUUACAAAAAGAAGAGGAGACACAGAUAAUGCAAGAGAGUACAAAUAUUUAUUUAAAAGAUUUGUUUGAUCAUGUUGUACAAGUAAACGAUUCAAUAGAUACAUAUCGUGAAAUGUUGGCAUCAUUUAUCGAUUUUUAUAUGAUGUUAAACAGUAAUGCAAUGAAUGAAGUUGUGAAAACUUUGACCAUUAUAUCGACUAUAUUUAUUCCACUCACGUUCAUUGGUGGUAUAUAUGGUAUGAAUUUCGAUAAUAUGCCAGAAUUAAGGUGGAGAUUGAAAGAUGGUGUUUAUAAAGUCUGA